CCGAGUUAUGCGUGGGAGUCGGGUUGGGGCGGAGCGGAGGGGAGUCCGUGCGCUGCAGGGCCGGUUCCCGCGGAGCCGUAGGAGACGGUCGGCGUUGCCAGGGCGGGGCGGGACGGCAGGGGCCAUGGCGGAGCCGCCUCGGCUACCUCUGACUUUUGAGGAUGUUGCCAUUUAUUUCUCGGAGCAAGAAUGGCAGGAUCUAGAGGCAUGGCAGAAGGAGCUUUACAAGCAUGUGAUGAGAAGCAAUUAUGAGACUCUCGUCUCUCUAGAUGAUGGACUUCCAAAACCAGAACUGAUAUCCUGGAUUGAACACGGGGGAGAGCCCUUCAGGAACUGGAGAGAAUCACAGAAAUCAGGAAACAUAAUUUGCUCCUCUGGUGAUUUGCAUUUUGAUCCAGGUUUUCAGGAACAGCUGUUUUGGGGAAGCCAGCAGGCUGUGAAUUCAAGAAAAACUAAAAGCCAUUUCCAAUUAGAUCUUCUUGAGAGCCAGUGUUCCUUUGGAUCCUUUGUUUCCUUGAGGUCUGACCAAGGCAUCACCCUCAGGAGCCCACAGAGGCACAACGCCAGGACUCCUCCGCCACUAGCCCGCGGCCCCAGUGAAUCUACCCUAAAAGAACUCCCAAGUCCCAGAAAUCUGGAUCUUCCUGGUUUGCGGGACGUCCCUGCCUGGGAGAGCACCCAGCACCCUUAUCCUGUCUCGGGGGAAAGCUGUUGGGCGAACAACCAUUUAGUAAUGCACCAGAGGGGCCAGUCAAAGGACCGACCACAUAGGGCCUGGGAGAAAUUCAACAAGAGGGCGGACACGCAGAUGCCGCGGACCAGCCCUCGGGUACAAAGGCACUUCCGGUGUCGCGUGUGCGCCAAGAGCUUCCGCAGGAAGCUGUGUCUUCUGAGCCAUCUGGCGGCCCACGCGGCGAGGGUUCCCUUCCAGAGCGCUGACGGUGAAAUGUGCUUCCGACAUGAGCAGGCCCAUCCCAGCCACCGCCUCCCGCACCAGGGGGAGAAGCCUGCCCAGUGUACCCCGUGCGGCAUGCGCUCCCUCCCGGUGGACAGCACGCAGGCUCGCCGGUGCCAGCAGAGCCGGGAGGGGCCGGCCUCUUGGAGAGAAAGCCGCGGGGCCUCCAGCAGUGUGCACUCGGGAGAGAAGGCAGGCUCGCGCCUGGCGCAAAAGGAGAGCGGCCACCAGCAGGGGGACACGGAGGCUCAGCAGCACCUCGCACCGGCGCCCUGCUCUUGCUCGGAGUGUGGGGAGCGCUCCCCUACGAGCACCCUCGCCUGCCACUGCAGGGCGCGUACUGUAGAAAAGCCCUUCCAGUGUCCCCAUUGCAACAAGCGUUUCUGCCUGCGCCGCCUGCUGCAGGUCCACCAGCACGCGCACGGUGGGGAGAGACCGUUCUCCUGCAGGAAAUGUGGCAAGGGCUUCGCCAAGCAGUGUAAACUCACGGAGCACAUUCGAGUCCACAGCGGAGAGAAGCCUUUCUGGUGUGCCAAGUGUGGCAGGAACUUCCGUCAGAGGGGACAGCUGCUGCGGCACCAGCGGCUGCACACGGACGAGAAGCCCUUUCAGUGCCCAGAGUGUGGGCUGAGCUUCCGCCUGGAGAGCAUGCUGAGAGCCCACCGGCUCCGGCACGGCGGGGAGAGGCCGUUCGCCUGUAGCGAGUGUGGCAGAGGCUUCACCCACCAGUGCAAGCUCCGUGAGCACCUGAGGGUGCACAGCGGGGAGAGGCCUUUCCAGUGCCUGGAGUGCGACAAGCGCUUCCGCCUGAAGGGCAUCCUGAAGGCCCACCAGCACACGCACAGCAAGGAGAGGCCGUUCUCGUGUGGGGAGUGUGGUAAGGGCUUCACCAGACAGUCCAAGCUCACGGAGCACUUGCGCGUGCACAGCGGGGAGAGACCCUUCCAGUGCCCAGAGUGCAACAGGAGCUUCCGCCUGAAGGGGCAGCUGCUCAGCCACCAGCGCCUGCACACGGGAGAGAGGCCCUUCCAGUGUCCGGAGUGUGACAAGCGCUAUCGCGUGAAGGCCGACAUGAAGGCCCACCAGCUGCUGCACAGCGGGGAGAUGCCUUUCUCCUGUGAGUGCGGCAAGGGCUUUGUGAAACACUCGAAGCUCAUCGAGCACAUCAGGACGCACACGGGAGAGAAGCCUUUUCAGUGUCCCAAGUGUGACAAGAGUUUCCGCCUGAAGGCGCAGUUGCUCAGCCAUCAGGGCCUGCACACAGGGGAGAGGCCUUUCCACUGCCCUGACUGUGGCAAGAACUUCCGGGAAAGGGGACACAUGCUGAGGCACCAGCGCAUCCACAGGCCCGAGAGGCCCUUUGCGUGUGGCGACUGUGGGAAGGGCUUCAUUUAUAAGUCUAAGCUUGCAGAGCACAUCAGAGUACACACAAAAUCCUGUCCUGCUCCAAAUGAACUGGACAUUAAGAAAAGGCUCAGCCAACUGUUUGCAAUGAUAGAGGCCGACUGGAGUUGAGGCAGAGUGGGACAUCCAAAGCGUUGAGCAGGAGUGGUAUUGCCCGGGAAUCCACCCCAACAGUAGCCAGACCUGCUGGUAGACGGGUUUUAGGAGCAGGUGUCCUUCUUUGAGCAAGAGUGUCAUACAAGUUAGGAAUAUGAGGAACCACAAAGGAUUUUCUCUUCGGAAACAUUACCAAUUAUAUUUCUUUUUUUUUUCCAAGACGGAGUCUUGCUCUGUCACCCAGACUGGAGUGCAGUGGCGUGAUCUCGGCUAUAUUGGAAAAGACAGCAUUAUAAAACAAGGACAUAAUAAUAUGAAAAGCACGGCAUCUGCAAACAAAAAGAAUUUCUACGAGGUUAUAUGUGAUUGCUAAAAAAUUUUUAAGAAAAAGUGCACACAGAAAUCCAGAUAGAAUGUGAUUACCUUUUUGUAUUUAUAUAAAAAUAUAUCUGUGUAAUUACAAAGAA